CCUAUAAUUCCGUUCUUUAUUUGUAAAUGAAAUGAACCAGAUUACAACUUUUGAUUUCUUCAUUUCCGGAUUUUGAAUGCGUUUCGUAAAGUCUGAAAUUUAAAACAAAAAAUAGAGAGAAAUAUUCAUGGCGUCUGCAUUUUGCAGUUAUAAAACAGCGUCCUUUUGGCUACGUGAUCAACAAUGGCACCUUCUUUCAAACUCGCUUCGCUCUCUUCCAAUAAUCGAUCAUUGCCCAAAUCCGUUUCUCCCACCACCGGAGACGACAAAUCUACGUCGAAUCCCUUAGAUUUUCCGGCGAGUUUCAUCGAAUCGGCGCGUUGCAGAGCUCCGAAGACGCUCUUCUUGAUCCUCGUUUCUCUCUCCGCCUUCGGAUUCUUCUCUCUCUAUUGUUCUCCAAACGCGAUCUCACACGUCGCCUUCAUCGCCAAUCGACCCGCCGAAUUUGGUCUCGUCAAUUACGCGACUCGCGAUACAGGGACCGAUCCCGACGACUCCAUUCCGCCGAGUCACCAUCAUAAUCAACACCAUUCGAUUGUCUCUCUCGCGACUUCGGGCCGCCGGAUCAGGUCCGACGCCGUUCUGUGGCCGGGAUGGGAGAUUCUGGUGAUCGUUUCGCCGGAGGAGAAGGUUAUGCCGCCGAUUCCGGCGGAGAAUUACACCUGCGUUUACCCUAACGGCGAGAAUCCUCCGGCUAGAUUCACGGCGGUACUGCCGUUCAUGAACCGUACGGUUUUCCGGUGUAGCCUCCCCGGAAUCUACCGCCACCAUCAUCCGAUCCCGACGCCGAUCCUUGCUUCGUCACCGUCGUUCAACCUCCCGUCGGAGACGCAGUGGUUGGAUCUCCCGCUCUGGAAUUUCGUCGUAUUCGAAGCGAUCUCCACGGAAACCGACGUCGUCGUUCUCGUCAAGGGGCCAAAUCGUGGACUCGGAUCGAACAAACCGCCAGAGACUUACAGGUGCGUGUUCGGCAAAGAUUCGAAAACCCUAGCCGCAGCGAGAACCGCCGUGACGAGCUCCGUGCAGGAGGUUUUCCGUUGUUCUCACCCGAACCGAACGUUCGAAAUGCCGGUGAAAAUCUCUCUUGAAUCCGCGACGGCGACGGUGAAGAACGUACCUUCGGUAGCGUAUUAUACUCCACCGAGGCGUACGAUAGCGGAGACGCGUGGCAAGUCACUAUUGUGCGCCACAACGAUGGUGUACAACGUGGCGAAGUUCCUGAGGGAGUGGGUGAUGUACCACGCGAGGAUUGGAAUACAGAGGUUCAUCAUAUACGACAACGAGAGCGAUGACGACAUAAACGAUGUCGUUCAAGGUCUCAACCACGACGGAUACGACGUCGUAAAGGUUCUUUGGAUUUGGCCCAAGACUCAGGAGGCUGGGUUCUCCCACUCCGCGGUGUACGGUAACCAAUCAUGCACCUGGAUGAUGUACCUCGACGUGGACGAGUUCCUAUUCUCCCCCAUGUGGCGGAAUCAAUCUCGACCGUCGGAUCGUCUGAUCAGAUCGCUCCUCCCUGGGCGUGGGAUCGGCCAGGUGUCGUUCAAAUCCUACGAGUUUGGGCCCUCUAACCAGACCGUGAACCCUCCACAUGGCGUCACUCAGGGUUACACGUGUCGACGUGUGGAGGAGCAACGACACAAGUCUAUAGUGAGGCUAGACGCAGUAGAUCACUCCCUCUACACGGCGAUCCACCACUUCGGGCUCAACAACGGAUCACGAUGGCGCGUGAUGGAGACGACCGUCGCCGCCGUGAACCACUACAAGUACCAAGCGUGGGAAGAGUUCAAGUCGAAAUUCCGGCGACGGGUGUCAGCCUACGUGGUCGACUGGACGCGGGUUUCGAAUCCGAAGUCUAGGGAUCGGACGCCCGGUUUGGGCUUUAGGCCCAUUGAGCCGAAGGGAUGGGCCAACAAGUUUUGUGAAGUGAAGGAUGAUAGGUUGAGGAAGCUGACCCGGAAAUGGUUCGGCUAUCCAGAGGGAAACGGCUACAGAAUGGCGUGGCAAAUAUGAGAUUCUGUAGAGAGAUGA